AUGUCAGGCAUACUUCGAUUGAGGAUUCUCACUUACUACUCACUGCCAGACUCAGUCCUCGUUGCCGGUCCAUCUACUGUUAAGGGUGACUCACAGCACCCCACGUUGGAGGACACCCUCACAAUGACGCGAAUGCAUGCAGAGAUCCGCCAGCUUGUUGAAAAGGCCUGUACAGAUGACCAAUGUCCAAAAAAUGCUUCAGAGUGGGAAACACAUGUGAAAGCAGCGGCAGAGAGAAUGGGACUUUUGUCUCGGGAAGGGCAAGGUUACACAUUUACUGGAGUUUUUCGUGCAAACCAAAUGGAGCUUACCAGAGGAAUUGGCUUAAUACUGUCCACAAGACAAACAUUGCCCCAGUGCACCAUCCAUUAUAUUUUGUCACUUCAGGUUUCUGGUUCCAGUCCAGUUCACUUGCCAGCUCAAGAUCCUGGAUCCGUUGGAGUCUACACACUGCAGUUCCCUGAAUCACAAACAGAUCCUUUGGCCAGUAGUCUGCUGACUGAUCGUGUUAAGGGUCUUUGCCAGAACUGCUUUCGUUCCUCACCAACUUCUGAAACAAGUCCUCCGACAGCACUCACUAUGGCUGAAGUAAGAGCUAAGAUGGUGCUUCAGGCAUUUGCCAGAGGAUGUAAUGUCACUGCUGUCAGAGUUGCAACUGAGCAGGUAGACCCUACAGGGUUUAAUGACCAGGAGGGAGAAGUAUUGGAAGUUGUGGAAAGCGGAGCAUUUGUGUGGGCAGGUGCACAGCUGAAGGAGGAGGCCAUGGGAGCUGCUGGCAACAGCCCAGUUUGA